AUGUCAUAUAAAUUGAUAAAGAAAAAAAAUUUUUAUCAAGUCUGGCUGAAAGUUGACUUUAGGAAUUACAUACCAGUAUUUAUUGCUGAAAUUAUUCCUGGGAAGGGGAUUUCUCGUAAUGAGAUUGGUUCCGUACCUGAAGAUAUCCUAACAGUUGCAGUAGACAAGAAGUUUCUUUAUGGGCAAAUUGAAUAUCCAAAUUUAAGUAAAUUUGAUCGACAAUGGGUUAGAGUUUUAAGAACUGAAGCAUGGCAUUAUUAUAAUAAUGAAUUUUAUAAGAGAAGACUUUAUGAGGCAUUGGUUGAAGAAAAAAAGAAAAAAUUAGGUCCAAGAAUAUUAAAUGCAAAUCUUUUUGGUCCAAACUUUACAACAGAUCCUUCAAAACGUUUUAUUGAUACAGAAAGAAUUUACCAUCCAAAAUGGGAGUUAAAUAAUUAA